UAUGUGAGUGAGAGGAGACGUUAACGCACGUGAUGCAGGGCAGCCAAUGGGAGAGGGCGUGGCCGGAGGUGAGGCGCUGCGGCAGCAGCCUGGGAAAAAAAGUGGGGGGAAGAGCGAGAGUGAGACGGAGAAACCAGUGAGGCGGCGGGGGAGGGGUGCGUGAGUGUCACCGGAGUACCACAGCCACCGGAAAGGAGGAGGCACACGAAGAGCCGCUGCCAUGCCUAAUAAAAACAAGAAAGAUAAAGAACCUCCAAAAGCUGGUAAAAGUGGCAAAACUGGAAAAGAAGGCCAAGAUAAUCCUGAGCAUGAAGUAUCCAACAAAAAGUCCAACAAUACUCCCCCUCCAGCUCAGGUAUCAAAGAUAAAGGUACCCACUCCACAGGCUGUUGUUAAGAAAGAGAAGCGGCAGAGUUCCUCAAGAUUUAAUGUGAGCAAUAAUAGAGAACUGCAGAAACUACCAGCUCUUAAAGAUGUACCCCCAGCAGAACAAGAAAAGCUGUUUGUUCAGAAAUUGCGCCAGUGCUGCGUUCUUUUUGACUUUGUUUCGGAUCCUCUAAGUGACCUGAAAUGGAAGGAAGUAAAACGAGCUGCACUAAGUGAGAUGGUGGAAUACAUCACACACAAUCGCAAUGUGAUCACAGAACCUAUUUAUCCUGAGGUAGUUCACAUGUUUGCUGUGAAUAUGUUUCGAACAUUACCACCAUCCUCCAAUCCAACAGGGGCAGAAUUUGACCCAGAAGAAGAUGAACCAACGUUAGAAGCAGCAUGGCCUCAUUUACAGCUUGUGUAUGAAUUUUUCCUCCGGUUUUUGGAGUCUCCAGAUUUCCAACCCAAUGUAGCUAAGAAAUACAUUGAUCAGAAAUUUGUGCUACAGCUGCUGGAGCUGUUUGACAGUGAAGAUCCAAGAGAGAGAGAUUUUCUGAAAACAACACUUCAUAGAAUCUAUGGGAAAUUUUUAGGCCUCAGAGCUUAUAUAAGGAAACAGAUCAAUAAUAUAUUUUAUAGGUUUAUUUAUGAAACAGAACACCAUAAUGGCAUAGCAGAGCUAUUGGAAAUCCUUGGAAGUAUAAUCAAUGGAUUUGCAUUACCGUUGAAAGAAGAGCACAAAAUUUUUUUACUAAAGGUGUUAUUACCUUUACACAAAGUGAAGUCACUCAGUGUCUACCACCCACAGCUGGCAUAUUGCGUAGUACAGUUUUUAGAAAAAGACAGCACUCUGACUGAACCAGUGGUAAUGGCAUUACUUAAAUAUUGGCCGAAAACCCACAGUCCAAAGGAAGUCAUGUUUUUAAAUGAGCUGGAAGAAAUUUUAGAUGUGAUAGAGCCUUCAGAGUUUGUAAAAGUCAUGGAGCCUCUUUUCCGGCAGCUGGCCAAGUGUGUUUCAAGUCCGCACUUUCAGGUUGCAGAAAGAGCAUUGUAUUAUUGGAAUAAUGAGUAUAUCAUGAGUUUAAUCAGUGAUAAUGCAGCUAAGAUUUUGCCCAUUAUGUUCCCAUCCUUGUAUCGGAAUUCAAAGACACAUUGGAACAAGACAAUUCAUGGUUUGAUAUACAAUGCCCUGAAACUUUUUAUGGAGAUGAACCAAAAAUUAUUUGAUGACUGCACUCAACAGUUCAAAGCAGAAAAGCAGAAGGAAAAACUAAAACUGAAAGAACGAGAAGAAGCAUGGAUUAAAAUUGAAAAUCUAGCCAAAUCUAAUCCCCAGUCCUGUUGCAAUGGAAACAGAUGGGCCCUUACUUGAAGACGUACAGAUGCUUAAAAAGACAGUAAAAGAAGAAGCUUCUCAGGCUCAAAAAGAUCUAAAGAAGGAACGGCCUCUUGUGCGACGUAAAUCAGAAUUGCCUCAGGACAUCUAUACCAUGAAAGCCUUGGAAUCCCACUGCAGAGCUGAUGAAUUAAUAUCACAUGAUGGGCAUUAGACUAUGACAAUUAUAUAUUACUUUGUGGAUUCUUCUUUUUUCCGGAAGCAGUUACACAGUAGAAAACUAUUACUUUUUUGUGCCAUACCAAUCUGUUAAACACAGUGAAAGCUUUCUUCGACCCAGUUCUGUAGGCAAUAACUAAACACAGUGUACAGCUCAAGAUUAGAUGUUCAAACAAUGGUGAUAUACCUGAUUCUGUAUGCAGAACAUUGGGUUGAAUUAUAUUAAGUAGCCACACAGCUGGCUGGAAACAGGAGUACCAAUUGGAGAUGUACGUCAAGAAGUCUACCAUUGCUCAAAGUAAAGCACUGAUAGGAUUUACAGCAAAAUGACAGCCAUGCAAAUGUCAAAUUGGUGCUUAAAAGAGAUCUGCUUAUUAGUUUAAGUACUAACCUUUCUUUGGUCUCUCUUAAAUGAGUGUCUGGUAUUCUUGCAGUUAGGGGAACAAAAUAGGCUUUACUUGCAUGUGCUAUAUAGAGUUCAAUGGGUAAUUUUCUGACAAUCCCAAAUAGGUUUUUCUCAGUUAUGUAUAUUGUUUGCAUUGAAUGAGCUCAUGAAUUGUUGAAGUACUUUCUGUGUAUUGAAAGCCAUAUUUUUGUCACUCAUAGCAAAGUAUUACCGUUCCAUUAUACUAGAAGUGCACUAAGAUCGUGUAUUGCCCUGGGGUAAGUCAAAUAACUUAAACUUCAACAACAAACUUAAGUGUUGAAAAUUUUGUUUUUCUUGAAAUAAAAUCCUGUUUCACUGCUGAUGUUUCUGCUGACCAUUUGGGGGUAUUGGCCUGGUUUUGGCCUUUCUCAAACACAUUAGUACUACAUAGCAAGUAAACACAAUUUCAAGGCAAAUACAUACAUAUCAUUAAAAAAAAUAAGAAGUGCAUGUUUGGUGCUGACAGUAUGCAAAAGGUGUACCCUUUUAUUGCUAAGUGUCCAGUGGGCCAUUGAAAUUAAAGGCAUCUCCAGCAACAGAAGGGUUAAGUUUAAGAACUGGCAUGCAUCCACAUUCUCUGUUUCUAUUUUAGAAGCACACGUACAGGCAGAUUUUGCAGGUAAUAUGUAAAUAUUUCCAUGUCAUUUUCCAUAUGCAGUGCUGCUAUAUUUUCACCAAGGUUAUAUGCAUGUUCUGCCCUUUUGUUAUAGGUAACAAAAACAGCAGAGUAAAUGUGAGCCCUGUCAUCCUUCUCUCUAUUUCUCAGGGUGGCCAGUAUUAAUGUUGCUAUGGAAGGUAGUUUUUGAAGGGGGGCGGUGGGGGUCCCUUUUCAAAUGAGAUACAAUACAAGUAUAUUUGUGGUCAAAAUUCUUUAAAAAAUAUUUUUCCUAUACAAAGUAAAACUCUUAUCAUUUUGCUCAAACAUGUUUAAAAUAAAUUAGAUUAGUUAAUCUAAUCUAACUUUUGCUACGUGCACAAAAUAUCUAGGCUUUUUUUCCUGAACUGUCAUUUAGUGUUCAUUAAGCAUAGGAAGGCUCUGAUAUAAAAACCCUUAAGACGUUCCAAGAUCCCCAUGUUGUAAGAAUUCCUGUUUAAACUUGAAAACUAACGCUUUAACAAUAAUACAAAGUGGAGGUGAUACCAUAUCUUUAAGGGACACUGGGUGCUUGUAUAUUGUGUAUAUAUAUCUAUAUAUUUGGUAUACCAUUGUUUGAACUUCCAUCUUUUGCUGUAUUUUUUUUUUCUCAUGUUUAUUUUUUCUGUUUAAUUUUUUUUUUCUCAUAUAUUGGCAGCAAGUUUCUAGAAAGACAUAUUUCUUUGUUUUUACCUGACAUUUAACUUGUUUAUCAGUGUUUGGUUGAUUGUCUAAUGCUCAGCAUAUAAGAACAUUUACUGUCCAGACUUUUACUGUUGACCUUUAUUUAAGAUAAACAUUCACCAAUCGAAUCUUCACGCUCCUUUUUGCAUAUCCCUGUAAUGAUCUGGGGUUGCAAUAUGUGGAUCAUUUUUAAGGACCGAUUCUGCACUUUAAAAAAAAAAAACAUUGGAUUGGAUUAAACUAUUUCAAAUGUAUCUUAUCAAUAGAAACUUAAGCUAAUUUGUGGAGAGGUUGUAAUGCGUCCUCUUAUUGAGAUAUAUGAGAUAAAGCAGCACCACUGUGCAGCCUUUUACCUGUAGUGGGUCAUACAGGAGCUUUUACCUGUAGUGGGUCAUACAGGAGCCAAAUUAUAUAAAAACAUUUUUCAACAUUUUACAGAGCCCUUGAACAGCAUGGGGGGCAUAAAAAAUCCCUUUGAGGGACAUAUCCGGCCAGUGGCCUCCAGCUGGACAGCCCUGUAAUAAAAUUUAAUAUAGCUUUGACGUAGCUUCUGCUCCUGCAAUAUCUUAGUGAAACCUCAAAUUAAAAAUAAUUCCUACUAAUGUCUUUUGGUGAUUGCUUAUCUUAAAGUGAAAUAAACUCCCCAUUUGUUGACUUCACAUGCUUUUCCAAGAAUUUUACAUGUACAUGAGGAAUGUUAACAGUAAUAUGAUGAGUGUCUUUUAGUGUGGCUUUAGUAUGGCUUUAUUUUAAUAUUGUACAUACAUUGUACUUUGUUUUAUGGUAAUAACGUAAUAAAACUUUAGACUUCAUAUUUUGUACAAAAUGGCCCUGUCUACCCGUUACAAAUGCUAGAAUGGAAAUAGCUGGGAGAAAGCACCUUAGCAUUGUCAUUUCCUCUUACCAACCCACUCCUAUCUUUCACAGACACACAUGCCUACAUAUAUCUAACCUGGACUAAAGUUAGUUUACCAGGUUAUCCUUAAAUAUGUUAGUUUGAUUGCAAUUUUGUAACCCUUUUUUCUUUUGCUAUUUAUCAAAGCACUUGCCAAUUAAUGUGCUACUUCUUUCAAGCUAACAUGGUGUAUAAUAUGGACUCAAUAAAGAACAUGUGACUUUUUUUUUUGUUCAGUAUAGGAACUGUCAGUCAUGUAUGAUAAACCUAAUCAUGAAGCAGUAUACUUUUGUUUAACUGGAUUUGAUUCUAAAAUACAGUCUCGUUUUUAUUGCCAAACACCUGUUGAAAAACUCUUCCUGGUGUCACUAAAACGCUUGCAUAC